AUGGCCCGAACAGUCAAGGAACUGUUGCCUCGUGCCCAGGGGAUUAGCCGUCGCUUGGCCAAAGCAGCUUUGCGACUUGAGGCCUUUGCCUCCUUCCUGCGCGGACAAUUGGCUGUGAAUUCAGGGAGAUCUUUUCCAGAAGUGGAGGAUGAAGAGAUUUACAACAGCCUCUUCGACAGUAUCUUGAUGCAGUACUACAAGCUAGUGGUAACCGAACAUGAUGAACUGGCAUAUAACGUGAUUCCAACCUUGCAGGACUCCAUAGUCCAAUCUUUUACCCCUGUCAAUCAGACUUCGGAGAUCAAUUUGCUGUUUCUGAAUGUGGGUGAAUCAGCCAAGCUGGGCUUCACGACACUUUGGAGCAUUUUGAGGUUCCGCACUCAAGCCCUUCGGAUCUUUGUUCUGGGUGAUGCUGCGGGGAUUGAGGAUUGGAAAGCCAAUCUUCGACUGUUGGAGAAUUCUGGGAAGAUGGAGUAUCUCAAAGCAUUGCGCUUCGAGUAUCUGGAUUUCACACAGCAUCGCAACUUCCAGAUCUUCAUGCGUGAAUAUCCAAGUGAUUGUGAUGUGAAUGAGAUAGGCGAAGCAUUGUUGGCUCGUUUUAUUUGCCAUGAUUUGCUGCCUCCAGAUGUUCAUCGCGUCAUUGCAAUGGAUCUGGCAGAUGUGCUGGUCUUGGAUGAUAUCAAGGACCUUUGGGCGCAGUUUGACACUUUCGAAGCGCAUCAUGUCUUUGCGGCAGCACACAUCACGGCUUUGAGUCACGUGAAUGGCGGCUUGGCGCUCUAUGACUUGACCAGGAUGAAGGCCUCAAACUGGACAUCAAUCGCCUUGAAAGCUGCGCGAGACGGCUUUGAGAGGAGGCACGAUUGCAUUCACGACCAGUCUCUGAUGAACACGAUUCAUCUUCACCGUCCGCGCUCCGAUGGUUUGAGUCCAAUGAAGACGCUGCCAUGUCGAUGGAUGCUGGUUCCAGCUACCGACUGGCAGAUGUUUUGGAAUAGUCCUGAGAUGGUUCUGCCAGAGGUCCGUGAACGUCGGAGGUAUCCUGGACUUGUGAGUGCCAGCCACUUCGAGGUCUACUGUCCCGAUCCUCUUGACCUGUUGAGCGGUUGGACCUUCCUGCUGUCCACGAGUGAUACCAAGAGACGUUUGCGCACCAUGUCGCUCUUGAAGGGGAAUCAGCCACUGACGCAAUGCUCGCGAGACGGAACAGCUGGCUUUGUGCACCCACGAGAUGUGCCCCGUUCGAGAUGCUGCGAGUGUGGUGAGAAGGUCUCUUUGGUGCACAUUCCGGGCGACAUGAAGCAGUGGGCCUUCGUUGACAUCCUCUUCCGCUACCAUUCGCCCUUUACUGAUUGGCAAGAGAAAGAGUUGCAAACUUCACUGACCAGAAAGCUCUGGCAGAAGGAGACGCGUUUUGCGGAGCAGAGUCGCGCAAUACAGGAGUCCGCUGGGAAAAUGGCCGAGCUUUACGGUGGUGAAAUUUGUUUCAAGCGUGACGAGAAGCGCUGCUGCACGGCCCACAACUCGCUGCGCAAGGAGCCGAAGGUGUUGUACAAGACGUUGAAUAUGAAACCCUUGCCGCCACCGUUUCGUUUGGAGGUUGACUCGACAGCUGUUGCAGAUGGCCACUUGUUGAUCGGCGCUGGUCCUUGGAAUUCUGCAGAGAUAGUGUUUGGCGCCAACGGGGGGACCUUUUCGGCCAUCCGGUGGCUCUCGGAGGGAAGUUAUACUUCCCUGACGGCUUUUGAUGGGUCUCCUCAAAAGGAUGCAAGUCCUUCAAAGACGUGGAAGGUGCAGGUGGAAUUGGAGGAGGAUGGCAGACUUGGAGUUCGGCAUGGCUUGGCUGAAUGGGGAUUUUAUGUGCCAGACAACUUCCUGGAGAUUUUGAGGCAAUCUCCAGUGCAGAUUUAUGUUGGAGUGCCAGGUGAUCUGGAUGCUACAUGGACAGUGUGCCGCGAAGACUUGUCGAAACAAAAGAAACCGUGCCUCUCAGGGGUUUUGAUCGGGGCAGCACAUGAGAGGAGGUCUGGUUUGGACCAGCCAGUCUGGCAUUGCAAAGACAAACCAACACACUUUGGAUUGAGGCUCAAGCAGAGCUGCUUGCUGAACUUCUGCUACCUGAAAGGAACCAUUUGCAUCAUUUGUGUAUCUCAAAGCCACACCAGACCAUCCAGGUUCAUUUGA